AUGGCUGAGAGCACCCCGCCAGCCUCCUCCUCGGCAGCAGCUCCAGCCCCUGAGCUGGGAAUAACCGCGCAGCCGGGGCCCCAGAGCCCCCCGCCGUCCCCUCCCGGCCUGGAGGAGCCCCUGGAUGGAGCCGAUCCUGAAGUCCCCCACCCGGACCUGGCGCCAGUGGCCUUCUUCUGCCUGCGACAGACCACCAGUCCCCGGAACUGGUGCAUCAAGAUGGUGUGCAACCCGUGGUUCGAGUGCGUGAGCAUGCUGGUGAUCCUGCUCAACUGCGUGACCCUCGGCAUGUACCAGCCCUGCGACGACAUGGACUGCCUGUCGGACCGCUGCAAGAUCCUGCAGGUCUUUGAUGACUUCAUCUUCAUCUUCUUCGCCAUGGAGAUGGUGCUCAAGAUGGUGGCCCUGGGCAUUUUCGGCAAGAAGUGCUACCUUGGGGACACCUGGAACCGCCUGGAUUUCUUCAUCGUCAUGGCAGGGAUGGUCGAGUACUCGCUGGACCUUCAGAACAUCAACCUGUCGGCCAUCCGCACCGUGCGUGUCCUCAGGCCCCUCAAAGCCAUCAACCGCGUGCCAAGCAUGCGGAUCCUGGUGAACCUGCUGCUGGACACGCUGCCCAUGCUGGGGAACGUCCUCCUGCUCUGCUUCUUCGUCUUCUUCAUCUUCGGCAUCAUCGGGGUGCAGCUGUGGGCGGGGCUGCUGCGCAACCGCUGCUUCCUGGAGGAGAACUUCACCAUACAAGGGGACGUGGCCCUGCCCCCCUACUACCAGCCAGAGGAAGACGACGAGAUGCCCUUCAUCUGCUCCCUGUCGGGGGACAAUGGCAUCAUGGGCUGCCACGAGAUCCCCCCGCUCAAGGAGCAGGGCCGCGAGUGCUGCCUGUCCAAGGACGACGUCUCCGACUUCGGGGCCGGGCGCCCGGACCUCAACGCCAGCGGGCUGUGCGUCAACUGGAACCGCUACUACAACGUGUGCCGCACGGGCAGCGCCAACCCCCACAAGGGCGCCAUCAACUUCGACAACAUCGGUUACGCCUGGAUCGUCAUCUUCCAGGUGAUCACCCUGGAAGGCUGGGUGGAGAUCAUGUACUACGUGAUGGACGCCCACUCCUUCUACAACUUCAUCUACUUYAUCCUGCUGAUCAUAGUGGGCUCCUUCUUCAUGAUCAACCUGUGCCUCGUUGUCAUAGCGACCCAGUUCUCGGAGACCAAGCAGCGGGAGCACCGGCUGAUGCUGGAGCAGCGGCAGCGCUACCUGUCCUCCAGCACGGUGGCCAGCUACGCCGAGCCCGGCGACUGCUACGAGGAGAUCUUCCAGUACGUCUGCCACAUCCUGCGCAAGGCCAAGCGUCGCACCCUGGGCCUCUACCAGGCCCUGCAGAGCCGGCGCCAGGCCCUGGGCCCAGGGGCACCUGCCCCUGCCAGGCCCGGGCCCCACGCCAAGGACCCCAGGCACUGCAAGCUGUGCCCGAGACACAGCGCCCUGGACCCCACGCCCCACACGCUGGUGCAGCCCAUCUCUGCCAUGCUGGCCUCCGACCCCACCAGCUGCCCGCACUGCCAGCACGGGGCGGGCCGGCGGUCCUCGGGUCCCGGCAGCACCGACUCGGGCCAGGAGGGCUCGGGCUCCAGUGGCUCCAGUGGCGGCGAGGCUGAAGCUGAUGGGGACGGGCCCCAGAGCAKCGAGGACGGGGGCUCCUCGGGCCUAGGCAAAGAGGACGAGGAGGAGCAGGUGGGGGCAGUCCGGCUGUGUGGGGAYGUGUGGCGGGAGACGCGGGCCAAGCUGCGGGGCAUCGUGGACAGCAAGUACUUCAACCGGGGCAUCAUGAUGGCCAUCCUGGUCAACACCGUCAGCAUGGGCAUCGAGCACCAUGAGCAGCCCGAGGAGCUGACCAACAUCUUGGAGAUCUGCAACGUGGUCUUCACCAGCAUGUUCGCCCUGGAGAUGAUCCUGAAGCUGGCCGCCUUCGGGCUCUUUGAUUACCUGCGGAACCCCUACAACAUCUUCGACAGCAUCAUCGUCAUCAUCAGCAUCUGGGAGAUCGUGGGGCAGGCGGACGGCGGGCUGUCAGUGCUGCGCACCUUCCGCCUGCUGCGGGUGCUGAAGCUGGUGCGCUUCAUGCCCGCGCUGCGGCGCCAGCUCGUGGUGCUCAUGAAGACCAUGGACAACGUGGCCACCUUCUGCAUGCUGCUCAUGCUCUUCAUCUUCAUCUUCAGCAUCCUCGGGAUGCACAUCUUUGGCUGCAAAUUCAGCCUCCGCACGGAUACGGGAGACACGGUUCCUGACAGGAAGAACUUUGACUCCCUGCUCUGGGCCAUUGUCACAGUGUUCCAGAUCCUCACCCAGGAGGACUGGAACGUCGUCCUCUACAAUGGCAUGGCCUCCACCUCCCCCUGGGCCUCCCUUUACUUUGUCGCUCUCAUGACCUUCGGCAACUAUGUCCUCUUCAACUUGCUGGUGGCCAUCCUGGUGGAGGGUUUCCAGGCCGAGGGGGACGCCAACCGCUCCUACUCAGAUGAGGACCAGAGCUCAUCCAACAUGGAAGAGUAUGACAAGUUCCAGGAGGCCCUGGACAGCAGUGGAGAUCCCAAGCUCUGCCCAAUCCCCUUCACCCCCAAUGGGCACCUGGACCCUAGUCUCUCAUUGGGCGGACACCUAGGUCCUGCUGGGGCUGUGGGCCCUGCGUCCCGCCUCUCGCUGCAGCCAGACCCCAUGCUGGUGGCCCUGGACUCCCGCAAGAGCAGCGUCAUGUCCCUGGGGCGGAUGAGCUAUGACCAGCGCUCCCUGUCCAGCACCCGGAGCUCCUACUAUGGACCUUGGGGCCGCAGCGGGGCCUGGGCCAGCCGUCGCUCCAGCUGGAACAGCCUCAAGCACAAGCCGCCCUCGGCUGAGCACGAGUCCCUGCUCUCGGCGGAGCGCAGUGGCGCUCGGGCCUGCGAGGGCGCCCGGGAGGAGGGGCCUCCGCGCGCUGCGCCGCUGCAUGCCCCGCACGCCCACCACGUGCACCAUGGGCCCCACCUGGCGCACCGUCAUCGCCAUCACCGCCGGACGCUGUCCCUCGACACCCGGGACUCGGUGGACCUGACCGAGCUCGUGCCCGCCAUGGGCCUCCACCCCAGGGCCGCCUGGAGGGCGGCGGGCAUGGCCCCCGGGCACGAGGACUGCAACGGCAGGAUGCCCAAUAUCGCCAAGGACGUGUUCACCAAGAUGGACGACCGCCGGGAUCGCGGGGAGGACGAGGAGGAGAUCGACUACACUCUGUGUUUCCGCGUCCGCAAGAUGAUCGAUGUCUACAAGCCUGACUGGUGCGAGGUCCGCGAGGACUGGUCCGUCUACCUCUUCUCCCCGGAGAACAGGUUCCGGGUCCUGUGUCAGACCAUCAUCGCCCACAAGCUCUUUGACUAUGUGGUCCUGGCCUUCAUCUUCCUUAACUGCAUCACCAUCGCCCUGGAGAGGCCCCAGAUAGAGGCCGGCAGCACUGAACGCAUCUUCCUCACGGUGUCCAACUACAUCUUCACGGCCAUCUUCGUGGGCGAAAUGACACUGAAGGUGGUCUCGCUGGGCCUGUACUUCGGGGAGCAGGCGUAUCUGCGCAGCAGCUGGAACGUGCUGGACGGCUUCCUCGUCUUCGUGUCCAUCAUCGACAUCGUGGUGUCCUUAGCCUCGGCUGGGGGAGCCAAGAUCUUGGGGGUCCUCCGAGUCCUGCGGCUCCUGCGCACCCUACGCCCUCUGCGGGUCAUCAGCCGGGCCCCUGGCCUGAAGCUGGUGGUGGAGACGCUCAUCUCCUCCCUCAAGCCCAUUGGGAACAUUGUCCUGAUCUGCUGUGCCUUCUUCAUCAUCUUUGGCAUCUUGGGGGUGCAGCUCUUCAAGGGCAAGUUCUACCACUGCCUGGGCGUGGACACCCGCAACAUCACCAACCGCUCUGACUGCAUGGCUGCCAACUACCGCUGGGUCCAUCACAAGUACAACUUCGAUAACCUGGGCCAGGCUCUGAUGUCCCUCUUUGUCCUGGCCUCCAAGGACGGCUGGGUGAACAUCAUGUACAACGGACUGGAUGCCGUGGCUGUGGACCAGCAGCCUGUGACCAACCACAACCCCUGGAUGCUGCUGUACUUCAUCUCCUUCCUGCUCAUCGUCAGCUUCUUCGUGCUCAACAUGUUCGUGGGCGUGGUGGUGGAGAACUUCCACAAGUGCCGGCAGCACCAGGAGGCGGAGGAGGCGCGGCGGCGCGAGGAGAAGCGGCUGCGGCGCCUGGAGAAGAAGCGGCGCAAGGCCCAGAGGUUGCCCUACUACGCCACCUACUGUCACACGCGGCUGCUCAUCCACUCCAUGUGCACCAGCCACUACCUGGACAUCUUCAUCACCUUCAUCAUCUGCCUCAAUGUGGUCACCAUGUCCCUGGAACACUACAACCAGCCCACGUCCCUGGAGACAGCCCUCAAGUACUGCAACUACAUGUUUACCACAGUCUUUGUACUGGAGGCUGUGCUGAAGCUGGUGGCAUUUGGCCUGAGACGUUUCUUUAAGGACCGGUGGAACCAGCUGGACCUGGCCAUCGUGCUGCUGUCCGUCAUGGGCAUCACGCUGGAGGAGAUUGAGAUCAACGCCGCCCUGCCCAUCAACCCCACCAUCAUCCGCAUCAUGCGGGUUCUGCGCAUUGCCCGGGUGCUGAAGCUGUUGAAGAUGGCCACGGGGAUGCGGGCCCUGCUGGACACAGUGGUGCAGGCUCUGCCCCAGGUGGGCAACCUGGGCCUCCUCUUUAUGCUGCUCUUCUUCAUCUACGCCGCCCUGGGGGUGGAGCUCUUUGGGAAGCUGGUCUGCAAUGAGGAGAACCCUUGCGAGGGCAUGAGCCGGCACGCCACCUUUGAGAACUUCGGCAUGGCCUUCCUCACGCUCUUCCAGGUCUCCACAGGCGACAACUGGAACGGGAUCAUGAAGGACACGCUGCGGGACUGCACGCAGGAGGAGCACAGCUGCCUGAGCAGCCUGCAGUUCGUGUCGCCGCUGUACUUCGUCAGCUUCGUGCUCACCGCGCAGUUCGUGCUCAUCAACGUGGUGGUGGCCGUGCUCAUGAAACACCUGGACGACAGCAACAAGGAGGCGCAGGAGGACGCCGAGAUGGACGCCGAGAUCGAGCUGGAGAUGGCACAUGGCCUGGGCCCCAGCCCGCGGCCGCCCCCCAGCUCCCCGGGGGCCCCGGGCCGAGGGCCAGGGGGGGCAGGCGGCGGGGGUGACGCCGAGGGCCGCCUGUGCCGGCGCUGCUACUCCCCAGCCCAGGAGAACCUGUGGCUGGACAGCGUCUCUUUAAUCAUCAAGGACUCCUUGGAGGGGGAGCUGACCAUCAUCGACAACCUGUCCGGCUCCAUCUUCCACCACUACGCCUCUCCYGCCGGCUGCGAGAAGUGUCACCAUGACCAACAGGAGGUGCAGCUGGCUGAGACAGAGGCCUUCUCCCUGAACUCGGACAAGUCCUCGUCCAUCCUGCUGGGUGACGACCUGAGCCUCGAGGAGCCCGCGGCCUGCCCGCCUGGCCCCAAAGACAGCAAGGGUGAGCUGGACCCACUUGAGCCCACACGGGUCGGGGACCUGGGCGAGUGCUUCUUCCCCUUGUCCAACAUGGCCAUGUCCUCGGGUGCAGAGAACUUCCUGUGUGAGAUGGAGGCAAUCCCCUUCAACCCUGUCCGGUCCUGGCUGAAACAUGAGAGCAGUCAAGCGCCCCCCACCCCCUAUUCCCCAGAUGCCUCCAGCCCACUGCUGACCAUGCCUGCAGAGUUCUUCCACCCGGCUGUGUCUGCCAGCCAGAAAGCGCAGAAUAAGGGCGCUGGCGCUGGGACCCUCCCCAAGAUCGCCCUGCAGGGCUCCUGGGCAUCCCUGCGGUCACCGAGUGUCAACUGCACCCUCCUCCGGCAGGCCACCGUGAGUGACACGUCGCUGGACGCCAGCCCCAGCAGCUCGGCGGGCAGCCUGCAGACCACGCUGGAGGACAGCCUGACCCUGAGCGACAGUCCCCGGCGCGCCCUGGGGCCGCCCGUUCCGGCCGCCGGGCCUCGGGCUGGCCUGUCGCCGGCCACGCGCCGCCGGCUGAGCCUGCGGGGCCGCGGCCUGUUCAGCCUGCGCGGGCUGCGCGCGCACCAGCGCAGCCACAGCAGCGGCGGCUCCACCAGCCCGGGCUGCACCCUGCACGACUCCAUGGACCCGUCGGACGAGGAGGGCCGCGGCGGCGCGGGCGGCGGCGGCGCGGGCAGCGAGCACUCGGAGACGCUCAGCAGCCUGUCGCUCACGUCGCUCUUCUGCCCGCCGCCCGCGCCGCCGCCGCCCGGCCUCACGCCCGCGCGCAAGUUCAGCAGCACCAGCAGCCUGGCCGCGCGCCCCGCCCCCCGCGCCGCGCUCGCCCGCGGCCUGGCGCGCAGCCCCUCGUGGGCCGCGGACCGCAGCAAGGACCCGCCGCGCCGGGCGCAGCCCGCCCCGGGCCUCGGCCCCGCGGCGCCCGAACCGCAGCCGCCGCCCGGGGAUCUGGAGGCGGCAGACGCCGCGAGCAAGAGGAAGAGAUGAGGGCCGCAGGGGCCGCGCCGGACGCCACUGUCGCCCGCCCGCCCCGUCUCACCUUCUUUUACCUCAGGAGCCAGGGAGCAGACAGCAAUACUCGGUCCCCACCCCGGAGCGGGGCCGCCCGGGCCCUGGCGCCCGGGAUUGAGGAGGGUCGGCCAGCGGGGCUCGCGCGGCCCGGCCCCUCCGGCGCAUAGACGCAUCUGUACGCAGCAUAGA